AUAUCUUCCGCGGUGGCCGACAGGACGUGGCAGCACGCAAGCGCAUAUCAAAGGACUCUGAACGACUACGACUCUUUAACUGAUACAAACUCAGUUUUUGGCAAAUACUUUUGACACAAACAGGUCAAAACAGGUGUUUCGAAAAUGGGGCUUACAAUUUCUUCGCUUUUUUCGAGAUUAUUCGGGAAGAAACAGAUGAGGAUACUCAUGGUGGGUUUGGACGCCGCUGGUAAAACUACCAUUUUGUACAAGCUGAAACUCGGAGAGAUCGUCACCACUAUCCCAACAAUCGGUUUCAACGUAGAAACAGUCGAAUACAAAAACAUCUGCUUCACCGUGUGGGACGUCGGUGGCCAGGACAAAAUCCGACCCUUGUGGAGACAUUACUUCCAGAAUACACAGGGUCUGAUCUUCGUGGUGGACAGCAAUGAUCGGGAGAGAGUGGCCGAGUCAGCGGAGGAGCUCUCCAAAAUGCUUCAAGAGGAUGAGCUGAGGGAUGCUGUGCUGCUGGUGUUCGCCAACAAACAGGACCUGCCCAACGCCAUGGCCGUCAGCGAGCUCACAGACAAGCUGGGCCUGCAGAGCCUUCGCAGCAGAACGUGGUACGUCCAGGCCACCUGUGCCACCCAGGGCACCGGACUGUACGAGGGGCUGGACUGGCUUUCCAACGAGCUCUCCAAACACUAGAGGCUCGUCAGGAGCAAGAGGAGAGGAAAGGAAGAGCGGAUAGAAGAGAGAGCGAGAGUGAACGAAAGAGAGAGAGAGUGAGAGAGAGAGACUUCCAAUCA